AUGGACCUCAUUGAUCUUGCAAGCUCCAUUUUGGAAAAGCUUCAUGCUCCAAGGCAUAUUCAUGAGAUGAGCAGCAUGAUGAAUGGGAGUGAGGACAGUAAGAGGUCCAAGGGUCAUCGAAAUUCGCCUGCAGCUGAUGAAGUUGAUGCUGGGGGAAUGAUGGGUGGAAUUACUCCUUUGAAGAAAGGCCCAUGGACCUCUGCAGAAGAUGCUAUUUUGAUGGACUAUGUCAAGAAGCAUGGAGAGGGGAAUUGGAAUGCUGUCCAGAAGCACUCAGGGCUCUUUCGAUGCGGAAAAAGCUGCCGUCUGCGAUGGGCGAAUCACCUACGACCAGAUCUGAAGAAGGGUGCAUUCACUCCAGAGGAAGAGAACCGCAUCAUUGAACUCCAUGCUAAGAUGGGAAAUAAAUGGGCUCGAAUGGCUGCAGAGUUGCCUGGACGGACAGAUAAUGAGAUAAAGAACUACUGGAAUACGAGAAUAAAGAGACUGCAACGUGCUGGCUUACCAAUCUAUCCUCCUGAAGUUUGUCUGCAACUAUAUAACACGAUUCAAGAUGGUCAAAAUAUGGUCUCAUUGCAAACAGGGGGCACACAGGAUCCUGAUCUGAUGCAGACUGAUCAUUUUAGGAUUCCAGAAGUGGAAUUCAAAAAUCUGGAACUCAAUCGAGGUGUCCUAUCUUAUUCAUCGAGUCUUUUUGAUACUUCUGCAAGCAGCACGCUGAAACAAGGUGUCGGCUCAUCGUAUGGUAAUGGUCUUGUGUUCCCGACACUUCAUCCUGCCAAACGCCUUAGAGAGUCACAGACCAUAUUCACUGGUCUUGAUGGUAGUGCCUGUAGGGGAAUGCCAGUGUUCGAUCAUUUGACAGAUUAUCCUUGUGGAAAGAUUACAGAGAACUUUGGGUUAUCUUCCCCAUAUGAUUCUGAUUUGAGCACCUAUGACCAGCCAUCAUGGGGCAUUCUUCCUGGCAAUCAUGCCAUAUUAAAUGGCAACCCUUCUUCUUCUUCUUCUUCUGAGCCCAUAUGUGGGGCCAUGAAGAUGGAGCUCCCUUCACUCCAAUAUUCAGAAACUCAACAAGAUAGCUGGGGUACACCAGCUUCCCCGCUGCCUUCACUUGAGUCUGUUGAUACUUUAAUUCAGUCUCCUCCAACCAAGGAGACACGGUCAGAUGGUCAGUCGCCACGAAGUAGUGGUCUCUUGGAGGCAGUACUCUAUGAAUCACGAACUCUGAAAAACUCCAAGAAAUGUUCAGGCCACCAAACUUCAGAUGCUUUUCUCACACUUGGUGACGGAGUACGUAGUUCACCCUUGAAUCCCUCCACAACAGAAUGGGAAGUACAUGCUGAGCUUAACUCUCCUUCAGUUCAUUCAGCUUCCUCAUUAUUCAGUGAGUGUACUCCUGUCAGUGGAAGCUCAUCGGAUGAACGAGCAUAUAAUGUUAAGCAUGAACCAAUCGAUCAGGUUUUGACCCCAUAUGUUGAAGCGAGAGAAGUUCCCAAUCAGACUGACUGUAACAGGCCAGAUGUUUUGCUUGGCUCAGCCUGGUUUGGACCUAGCAAUAGAUGCCAUAAGGACCAAUUUUUUCAGACUGAUGAUGUAGCGGCACUUCUUGGUGGAGAUCAACAGUGA